AUUAGUGUUGGACCAGAGUCUAGGAUUCUUCAAAAAUUUUCUUCAGAAUACAGCAGAGAAUAAGAAGAUAACAGCUUCCUUCUCCAUACUGAUACCCACAAAAACAGUCCUUACUUUCUGCAGCACAAAACCCUCCACAUAGUCACAGCUGAUACCUUAGGAUGCAGUGUUGAACCAGAAUAACCAAGGCUGAAUUAAAGAGGCUGAUCAGAAGAGGAACUGGUAGGAUGUUCUAAAAUACAUCAUGGAAAGAAAAUAGCCAAAGCUACCGAGAAUUCAUCUUAUUGGAUGUGGCUGACCGCCCUUACUUGGAGAUGCUGCUCUUUGAACUUGUUCUGACCUGCUACAUGAUGACCCUAUUGAGCAACGCAACCAUGAUGUUCUACAGAAAUGCAUCAUGGAAAGAAAACUAUCAAGGAGAAUUCAUAUUAUUGGGAAUGGCUGACCGCCCAUAUUUGGAGAUGGUGCUCUUUGGACUUGUUCUGACCUGCUACAUGAUGACCCUGUUUGGCAACACAACCAUCAUUGUGGUAUCAAAAUUAGAUCCCCAUCUCCAUACCCCCAUGUAUUUCUUCCUAAGCAACCUUUCCUUCCUUGACCUCUGCUUCACCACCAGUCUUGGGCCGCAUAUGUUGGUGAACUUCAGGAGAAAAAGAAAGACUUAUGGUGCCUGCGUGGCUGAGUUAUACAUCUCUCUUGCUCUAGGCUCCACGGAGUGUGUUUUGUUGGCUGUCAUGGCCUAUGACCGCUAUGCCGCCAUCUGUCAUCCACUGCGUUAUACUACCAUUAUGAGCCAUUCUCUGUGUUUCACAAUGGCUGCUAUCUCAUGGGGAAGUGGCUUCAGCAAUUCAGUAGUACAGACAGUCAUGACCCUUAGUCUUCCACGUUGUGGACAGAACCAGAUAGAUCACUUUUUCUGUGAGGUACCAGCCUUGAUCAAAUUGGCCUGCGUGGACACCUCUGUUAAUGAGGCAGAGCUCUUUGCCUCAAGUGUGGUGAUCCUUCUACUACCUCUGGGUCUCAUCGCAAUCUCUUACAGCUACAUUGCUGCUGCUGUACUGAGGAUCCGUUCAGCUGAAGGGAAGCGGAAGGCCUUCAAAACCUGUGCCUCCCACUUGAUGGUGGUGUCUCUCUUCUAUGGCUCAGCUAUUUGUAGUUAUCUCCGACCUCCGUCCAAAUACCCUGGUGACCAAGGCAAGAUUCUUUCCCUCUUCUAUACCUUUGUCAACACCAUGCUUAAUCCAUUGAUCUACACUCUGAGGAACAAAGAGGUACAUAAAGCCAUCCAAAGAAUCAUAAAGAUCAAGAAUAAAGAUGAUCAAUAAUGAAGAUCAAUGACUAAUGAAGGUCACAACUUUACUUAGCAGAACAAGACCAAUUCUUUUAAUAAAUGCACAAUGUUGUUGUUAGUAUACUCUUUUUCGUACAAACUCUUGAACAUUUUCUUUCUGUUUUGUAUCAUUUUUAGAAUAAGUCAAGGAGUCAAAUUAUAUUAAAAGUCUCACUCCUUCACAAUA